AGGGAUAGAUAUCUGCGAGAGAGAGCUGUUCGGGCAGAGGACUACCAGUACUAUCCGCAGCGGACAGAAAGUGGAGAGCGAAAAAUAACUCAAGGACCGACAGCCUGCCGUAUGCCAAUGUUCAAAAAUAUACAGUUUCGAUAGAGGCCAAGGGAUCAAGAAUCAGACGCAGAAGAUUUUAGCUUUGGUCAUCUGAAAGAGGAGAUAAAGAUGUCGUCUCCAAGUCCGGGAAAAAGACGAAUGGACACAGACGUGGUGAAACUCAUUGAGAGUAAACACGAAGUCACGAUCUUGAGUGGACUCAACGAAUUUCUAGUCAAGUUUUAUGGACCACAAGGAACACCGUACGAAGGGGGCGUAUGGAAGGUGCGAGUAGAUCUUCCUGACAAAUAUCCCUUCAAAUCUCCAUCUAUAGGAUUUAUGAAUAAGAUUUUUCAUCCGAACAUCGAUGAAGCGUCAGGGACCGUGUGUUUAGAUGUGAUCAAUCAGACAUGGACCGCUCUUUAUGAUCUCACCAAUAUCUUCGAGUCGUUUUUGCCACAGUUGCUGGCCUACCCGAACCCCAUCGACCCUCUGAACGGGGACGCCGCAGCCAUGUACCUGCACCGGCCAGAGGACUACAAACAGAAAAUCAAAGAAUACAUCCAGAAAUAUGCAACAGAGGAGGCCCUGAAGGAGCAGGAGGAUGGAGCAGGCGACUCCUCUUCAGAAAGCUCCAUGUCUGAUUUUUCAGAGGACGAAGCUCAGGACAUGGAGUUGUAGUUAGGGGCGAGAGUUUCUCCCCUUUACCACAGAGACUAUAUGAUUUCCUAACCAUGCGAAGCAGACUAUAAAGAUUCAUAUUUAAACAAGGUGAUUUUUUUUAUCGUUAUUAUUAUUAUUAUUACUAAACCAGGAUUUUUAUGGAUAUCUAGCGUUGACGAUGAAUACAGCACCCUCUCUAGGUGUUAUGUCUCUACUUUCUGGUGGUUGUUUUUUUUCCUUGACCUCUCUUUCACUCUCUCACUUGCUCUCUCCGUCACCCCACCGAAAGAAAGGCUCGUAGUGUUCACCCCGAUUCCACCUUGGUAGCCGGAAUGCAUGUCAUCCACCUUUCAAACCGGAUUCUAAACCAAGGCUAUUUAAGCGGUGGUGCCCAUCUUUUUCUCCCUUGUGACGUUACUAACGCAUGAGAGAAUCCUACGGGUUCUGUCUGUGAUGCCAUGACGUGUAAACCCCCUCAGAUUAGAGGACAGUCUUCAGUUGGAGUUGUUGCUGUUGGAUUGGACGCAUUUUGCCAGACGCAUCCCUGUUUCUUCGUUUCACCUCAGCCGUUUGAUCGAUUCCAUUCGAUCUUUCCAAUGCAAGUCAUUUUGAAUUGUCGCCUGGCUGUCGUAUUUGUUUGUUUUCUCUUUGAACAGCUGUAUUUUUUUGGAAGCGAAGACAAAAAUGUUAGCCGAAGGGAAAUGGAAGGUUAUUUUGUUGAUCCUAGUUUUCAUUUUAUUUAACUUUUUAUUUGGGUCUCACCUUGGGGGAAAUUCAGAUGUUUCCAUGCUGUGUCAAUAUUAUCAUCAGGAUUUUACAGAACCCCUCACCGAUGAACAGCGUCGAUGUCAUAAAUGUUCUGCCAAAGAAAACAAGACUGUGAGCUUUAGAUGUGUUGUUUGUUUAUUGGGUUGCAGUGUUCUUAACUUUGCUGUCGAUCGAUGAGCCGUCCCAACAUUAAUAGAACAUCUUUGCAAAGUAAUUGGUGACCAAAAAAACCCUGUAUUGUGAAAAUUUGACAUAACCUUCACAAGCACAACCUAUCCCUCGCAUCUUAGUUUUCAUUUGCAAAAUAUUAAAUAUGGCGUGUACCAUGAUCGAUGUCUAUAGAUACAAACCGCUCCAGUUAAUAUCCUUGAUAUUUCAAAUCUUUUGACAUGUGUUAUUCUAAAAGAUGUGGAUAAAGAGGCUAGCACACAGACAUUCAACAGAUGCUCAUGAAUUUUCAACUAGCUCUGUUUUUUUUUGCUUUGUGGAAGCCCUGGCUGGAUUUUAAGACAUCUCAAAAUGUCUAGGAGCAAGAGCACAAGUCUUUAUUUUCUAGACACCAGAGGAACAGUACAGUCUGUACCUUGUCUUGCCUCUCCAUGUUCCACUUUCUAAUAACAAUGUAUGAAAAGAGUGUUUGUCUUUCUGUUACUGUCUCGCAUCCUUUACGGCUCCCUUUUUUGUACGUUGUGGUACGGUACGGAAGUGGAGUUGUGUAGGAUUUAGAAGAAACGUCGAAGAGACAUUUGUAGUAAUCAUCUUUCCUAUUGCUUGUGCAUAUCUACGCUAGAUGUUGUUUGACCUCAUGUAGAUCUAGUUAGUUUACCGGGUGGUGAAGUCAAAAUGUUCAUAUGGAUUUAGUUUUCGGUAACCUGCUUGUCCGAAUACACAUUAUCGGGUGGAUUAGGUUUGGUUAGAUUUGCCUCCAUCGGUUAGGAUUCAUAAGAACCUACUUGUGGUUUUAGUUGAAGUGAGUAACAUUUACUAACGUGGAGGUGAGUUGUUGCUGGCACGGCAGUUGUGUUCUGUAUAAAGAGCUUUUGAUUUUUAUCACGCACCUGCAGAAAUCAGCAUAUAAAACACGAAGAACCGCGUUUAGUUGGUUCGGUUCUGUUUGUUCAGUAUUCUCGCAUUACGACGCUAAACAGUUCGGCGGAUUUAUUCACUGUCUGGAAAAUAAAAGCUUCGCGGAUGUCAGCCUAAGUGGAAUAGCAUAGGGGUUUUCUGUUCAUGAUUUGGCUCGUGUGGUUGUUACAAAGCUGCCAAUAUUUAUCCUCCAAAGUGGCUUUUUGCGUUCUGCCGUUUUCUCAAAUCGAUGUUUCAUGGGCAAAACAAGAGUUUUGAAGUUUAGCUCGUGUCUAGAAUUGGCCGAAUAGUGCAAUGAAGAAAAGUUCAAAUAUUUUCCUGUCUGGUUUUCUACACAAACACCAUCUUUCUCAACUGUAUGCAGUAUUGUGUUUGAGUGAGGGGGAGUCGAUGAGACCGACAGUGGACCGAUGUGAGGUGAUGUGAAUCUGCGUCUCUUAAUCGGAGGGAUCUUCUUUUCUUUUAAAUAGAGGCUUUGUUUCCCAUACAACACGGCCCUACCACCCUUCUCUCUCAGAUGCAUGAAAAAUGCAUCUCGAUUGUGGUUUGGUUACAUGGCAACAAACACACACACACCGUCAUAAGAAACAACAAACUCUGCCUCUCUUUUUCUUUUAAUUCUGCUUUAUUUUUGCUCCCUGGACUUAAACCUUUAAUACGAGGGGUGAAAUUUCGUUCUAAAAAUUGUUUUGUUUGCUUUUAACUGUCAUGUCAAAGAGUAAAAUUGACUAAAGAUUCUGAGAAAUAAACAAAUGUAUUUGUGUGCUUCCAUUACAAGUUUAAUUUGGAAUUGUGAAUUUAUUUUUUAUUAUUUAAUAAUUUUCAGACUUAUUUUUUCUCCCACAUCAAUAAAAGAGAGGUACCCAUUUGGAGCAGGUAAUAUUGACAAUAUCUUGUGUUUGCGGAUAGAGGGCGCUCUUCAGAGUUUGUUUAGUGGUUGGGGUGGAAUAAACAAUUACAGUGUGUUCCUUUUUGUUUCGCACCCAUAAGGCCGCAGUGGUUAAACACAUACUACGCAUCUCCACGCGUUUUGGGGACAGCAGUUAUUAAUGUCAAGAUCUCCAGCUGUUUGUUUGAUAGGGAGAGAUAAAGAGAGAGGGAAGGGGGAAGAAGAGUAUUGUCUUCCGGCUGUCAUGGCCUUAGAGGGUUGCCCUAUUGGAGCUCUGGGUCGAUGGCAUCACAUCUCCUCUUGCAUUUGUGUUAACAGCUCUCCAGUGCACUUUUGCAUGCGUCUGGUGUAGAGUCCAGUCUAGUUGAGUCCUGGCUGUCCACUCCUUUAGUUUUUAUACCUGUGCUUCAAAGGGUGCUCAGACAUCGGGCUUAUGUGGGCACACAGCAUGGAUUUUUUUAAUAGUAUCUGUAUUUAGUACCUAGUGUGUGAUACGCUGAUAAAAAAUCGAAACAUACACUUUUUGUUAAUCGCAGGUAUUACGGUAAUUUGCCCCUUUUAUUUCCUUAUCCAUUAACCUUAAUCUUUAUUUUUGCCUUUUCUUUUAUCUUUUGCAUUGUGAAGUGGGCAUGCCUGUCACAAAGGACAAAUGCUCUUUAUCUAUAGGAUUAUAAUCUCUUAAAUAGCUGUGUACAGUAAACUGUAAUAACUUCUUUUUUAAUAAAAUAUUAAAUAUGUGUACAAAA